AUGGAUGACAGUGACGAUGAGGGCUUUUGGGGCACGCUGCCUGCAAGAGCGACGGAAGCCCCGGCUUCGGCUCCUGCAGACUCCGCAGACCAAAAGCAAGGAGAGCAAGUACACUUGCAGGAUGCCUCGGAUGCACCGUGGCUGGCGGAGAACCCCGCCCCUAGGGACACUCAAGAGAUGCGACUCCGGGGACGCCUUUCUCAGAAGCAGAGGAAGCAGCAAUCCUGGGAAAAACAAGCAUCGUGGUCAACGUCGCAGGGCUGGCACGCGAAAGAGCGAACCCCUGUGCCGGAAGCUGUAUCCAUCCACUCAAGUGCAAAGCCGCAUGCCCACGGCUAUGUCAAGCAUGCGCCUUCUGCCGCACGCUCACCGCAGCACAAACCAGAGGACCACGAAGUGACGCUAGAUCCAGGCGCUGAAGACGAGCGAUCUGUGCUCGAAGCGAUUUAUGGUGGUGAGUUUGAGAUGCUGAGCGCCAAUGAAUGGAGGGUGGUUCUACCCGGUACAGCCGGAGCUCCUUCUGCAGCCGUCCGAUUCUUGCUCCCGGAUGGUUAUCCCCGCUCCGGGGCGCCACCUGUGCCUUUGUUUGACUGCGAAGGAGCUUCACGGGCUCUUCAGCAUGCAGCCACCGAAGCCAUCGCAGAGCUGGUUGAAAACUGGGAGCCUCCAGCAGAGUCUGAAGGCGAAGGCUGCAUCUAUCAGUGGGUGGAGCGCUUGCGGGAAUGUUUGGAGCCAGCUCUCACUGCCGAAGUUCUGCAACGGGAUGAGUUGGAUGCGGCUGUCGCCCAGUCCAUUGCUGCCGCAGAGGAGGUGGCGGCUGCACAGGCUGCAACUUCCAAGUCGUUCACAUUCUUGCCUGCAAAUCCGCAGUAUGGACAGCGGCGCCGCACCUUUGAUGAUUCUAGCUUUGAUGACGCGAACUCGGUGGAGAUUCUCCGGGGCGAGCCCUUCGUUGACCGGAAAUCCACUUUCCAAGGCUUUGCAGCCAAAGUGUCGAGCCAAGGCCAGGUGAACUGGGUCCUGCGAACACUCCUUGAAGAUCGAAAGGUUGCUGUCGCAACUCACAACAUGUUUGCGUACAGAUUCCAUGAUGAUGCCCGCAAUAUACAAGUGGCGGACAACGAGGAUGAUGGGGAGGAUGGGGCCGGCUCAAAGCUAGCAGAGCUCCUGAAUCUUGCAGGGUGUGAAGACGUGUUCGUGAUGGUCAGCCGGUGGUAUGGUGGAAUCCAUUUGGGCCCAGACCGGUUCAAGCACAUUGCUCGGGCAGCUUCAGCUCUCUUAGAUGAUGCCGGCUGGAGCAGCAGAGGCCGCGCAGCAAACACAACGGGACAGCGAAAGAAGAAGUGA